CGUGUGCACAAAUUCCCAGGUUCCAGUUCCCAGUGGCCCACACCAGUUUCCCAUACCAGAAUCCAGUGUCUGGUACUUGUCGCCAUGUACCUUUCCCCGUCCCGUCCGAUGUACCUUUUUCCUACCGGGCUUGCUCUUGCCUGUAUCCGUACCGUCGCGACGACAGCAGGGUCAGAGGGAAAGAGAGAGUAGGAGAGACCUGCCCGUGGAGUCUGGCUGGGUGUGUGAGUGCUCCCCCAGGCAUUCAAAACUAUCGCCGCGCCCACAUCGCCGUGCACCUAUGUCCUCCCCCCCUUCCUUUUCCUUUUGAUCCAUCGAACAAUCGCCAUCGCCAUGUUCGAUUCCAAGGUCUAAAUUUGUACGACAGCGACUCUCCGAAGUCUGCUAGACGUGCCUCAUCUCGGGAAUCCCUGGGAAGAGACUCUAGACCAACUCUCCGCUUAUUCCUUUGUAAACUUGCUUUCUGGGUCGUGUAGCAACACGUCUACUACGCCUCUCACUCUCCUCUCACUCCCGUCCUCGCCAGCAGAUCAGUCACUCACCGUGUCCUAAUCUACCGGAUCCCUCAUCCUCGCCUCCAAGAGUCAUCUCGGCCACCCUCGGUCACGUUACUCAUCGAGCAUCACCGCAACACAUCAUCAUCCUCAACACCACACGACAACCGCCCAACCCUCGCCAUUCCUAGGCUCCCUUGUUUUCAACCGCAGCGGCAUUCACUUGUUCCUUGCGGCUAACAAAGGCAUCAACCUACGGAUACUUUCCAUUUUCAGCACAAGCUCCACCACCAGCAACAACCAUCACCACCCAGCCCAGGCACGCAGGCUUUCAAUCCCUCUUACGCUGGGAUAUUUUGAGAUCGGAUUAAGGCUUCAAUAGAGUCAUACGCCCUUCUCAUCACCACCCAACGGACCCUCUGCUGCCUACCUGCCUACCAGCGUUUUCACGCAAGCUCCUUGUCUCUCUCACAGUUACUCAUUUUCCUGCCUUUCAACCAAAAAAAUAUCUCUCCGAUACCCUGCGACUAUCUCAUUCGGCUCUUACACAUUAUACUCAUUCCUUUUUAAUCAACUUGCCCCGGCAAUAUCCACGACAAUAGCUCACACGACGAUUACGACUCAUCUUUCAACCUGGCGUCUCAUCAGCUGACCCAGCAUCUCCUUCGCCACACUCCUCUGUAGUUGCCAAGAGACAUCUCCAUCCGAGGGACUCGAAGCACUGCCUGCAAGGUUAGUACCAAACCCAGUUCGAUUUUCUGCACAGCAUUUUCCUCCCAGUCCAGCACCAGCUAGCACGAACACGUCAAACGCCGCAAAAAGUGGAUGAGAAGCAGUGAGUGAGAGAGUGAGAGUCAGAGAGAGCAACAGAGACACAACGCUACCUAUCCGGCCUGCCUGUCACUCUUCUCCCCUUUGCCUCUCCUGGUUCUCGAGAGCGAUCACGCACUCAACCGGACCACUCUUACCCACCCCCUGUCCACCCCCGGGGUCUCCUCCUCGGCCUUCCCUAGGCUGCCACUGCCACUGCCACCUUUUGCACCUCUCACUCACUCUCUUUCCUUCCCGCGCACGCACUCACGCACUCGCACUUUCCCCUUCUCCCCUGUGCGGUAUCCCCCCCCCCAUCCAUCUUCACACCUGCCAGUCACUUGGAGCCACCUGCCUGGGCGGCAACCCAACCAGGUUCACCCCCCUUCGCCACCCCAAACCCGAAAGAGUCAUCCACACCCAAUCUGGGGCCCUCGAGCCAGACUUGAGCCACCCAAGGGGUCCUCCGACUUCGUCACGCCAGGCCAAGUCGCCCCUCUGAACACGUUCGUUCGAGAUACCACGGGCGGCGCAAGGCGAAAAAGAGUCACACCUCAUCCCACCUGCUUGGAUAUAACCUCUCCUCGCAGCCACACUUGGCCCAGCGCCUUGCCUCCCCUCACCUCUCCCCUCACUCUACCCUUCCGACUCCGACUUCGCCUUCCUUUAAUCAAUAUCACCAACUCUCCUCUCAACCCCUAGCCACCCUAUCACCACUCACCUAUUAUACAUCUAAUAUUAUACACUUUGUCGCAUCGCAUCAAUGGUGGCUCUGCAGUAGCUCACCAUAUAAUCAGGACCUUUUAGCCCCUCCUAUUAGAUGCAUUAAACAUACGAUGCCUCUUCGAAUUACAAAAUCUACUCCAGUCGCCCGUCUUGUUUCGUCUUCCGGUUUGAUCCUUCGUGUAACGUCGGCUGCGGACAUUUGCGUCUAGAAGCCGCCACCCCUAUCUACGACUCUCAAAGACUUUACAACAGUAACUAGUAGCUGUUGUGAAGUUGCGCGUUUCUGAUACGGUAUCACGAUCUGCUCAUACGAACCCUUUCACGGUUUACCCGGUUGACUUAGCUUGACGGCGACUGGAGGAAUCACUCCCAUAUCGAAAACCCCCAAACGCCAAAUACCCUCCACCACUUAUAUCCAAGAUGAAGUACGCCACCGAUGAUUCGUCGGCUUUCAUCAGCACCUACCAAAACAACACCUACAGCUCAUCCCUCGAAUCCCUGACCUCCACAUCGUCCGGCUCGGUUUGGUCUGCUGUAUCCUCUCAAUCAUCUACCUCGACAUCCCCCACCAACACCUCCGACUCCGAUUCCGCCGACGUAUAUUGCUUGUCGCGACCCUCGGCCGCAUGCGACACUGCUGUUAGAUUCACAAGCCCUUGGCCUAGACAACCUACUCAGCAAGCCGCUGGUGCCAUUCCCCAGGAACUGCGACAGAACCCCAGACGAACCAGUGGGAGCGCCACCCGCUCUGGAGCACCCCCGACCCUGGUUCGCCAGGCUGAGCGCAAGGUCAACUUUGUCGACAACCUUGUUGAUUCUUCAACACAGAUUGUCGAGGCCAUCUGGCCCCUUUCCUCAGUUGUCUGUCGCAAUGAACUCGGCAACAAAGCGGUGCUGCCGCUGCGCACCUUCAUCCAGGAGACCCUGCGCCGCUCCCGCACCAGCUACUCCACCCUUCAGGUUGCGCUGUACUACCUGAUUCUGAUUAAGCCCCACGUCCCGAAGCACGAUUUCACCAUGGAACAGCCCGACGACAAGCAGGAGUGCCGCGCACUUCAGUGCGGCCGCCGCAUGUUCCUCGCCGCUCUCAUCCUCGCCUCCAAGUACCUCCAAGAUCGUAACUACUCUGCCAGAGCCUGGAGUAAAAUUUCCGGGCUCAACACGGGGGAAAUCAACCAGAACGAGAUUGCAUUCUUGCUAGCGGUGGACUGGAAGCUGCACAUCACCGACGAAGUCUUCCAGCGCUGGACAGAAAUCGUCUUGAAGUACACCCCUCCGUCUCCUCCCGCUCCCGGAACCUCCGCCCAAUGGUACGCGCAACAGAGCUCAAACUGGAAGAUGGUUAUCCUCAAACUCAAUCCCGAGCUGGAUAACAUCGAAGGCUUGAUUCCCACGGCGCACGUCGCUCCCAGCUCCCGCACCUUGUCUCGUCACCGCACCAUGCUGCCGGCGGCGCAAGAUGUUUUGGCUGCGACCGGCGCUUGUGGAUUGGGGUACGACUCAGCCGAGCUUACCCCUACCCCGAGAUCCUACCAAACCCCGAAUAUUAUGGAGCCUUCCCCGGCCACUGUAUAUACUCCGGGCCGGCUGGCUCCCGCUCUCGGGUUGCUUCCCACCCCGCGUCUGACGCCCCAGUCGAGCGGAUACAGCACUCCUGCCGUGGGUGCUGCAUCCCACCUCAGCAAAGGCAGCGCGAUGGGCCUCGCCAUGGCCCAGGCCUCAUGCGUCAGCGCAACCCAGUGCCUCGAUCGCUGGCCUGUUGCCAACACCUCAUCCCCUCAGGGUUACUUCCCCGUUCGUCGUUCUUCUCUCGCCACUUCAAUCUCGACCGCGUCUUCUCCCGAAUCGAUGGUUUCUGAUACGUCGCGCACCUCUCGCUCCUCCUCCAUCUCAUCUGCUUCCUCACUGGUCAACGCGCCGGCCCCUCUGGGUGUCCAGGCGCGAUUCCGGUCUGCGAAGCUGUGCAGUGAGAGGUCAAGCCUGAGACCGACUAUCGCCUCGGUUCCUGAGGACUACGAAGAGAAUUGCAUCACCUCUUCGCCUGAGUCUUACACCGGCCCGGUUGGCAGACUCUGCGAAAUGUCGUUGGAUACCCCUUUGGCUCAGAGAGAACGCGAAUUGGAUGAAAUGACGCAUGAUCCCGCGAAUGACGCCGCACGGGCACUUCAGGAGCUUCAGAACUACCGUUCCGACGACUCUACUCCUACUGCCAUGUCUUCGCGUAAGCGCGCUCGAGGUGUCUCAAUCGUCGACAACUGCCUUCAGGAGAAUGUUCGGGACAUGCUCACCGGUAACUACUCGGGCAAGCAAUGGACCCAGAACCUGGUUCGCCCCCGCAACAGCCAGGUGGGCACAAAUGACCGUGGCACCCCUCGCAAGCGCGUCUGCUGCGCCAGCGAGGCUGCUCCGGCUUACGAGGCAUCAAUGCUUCACUCAAUCGACGGAUACCGCGGACCGGGCAUGUGGGAGGGAAUUCUCAACUGAGCACAUAGUGCACGCCUCCCGAGAUACCCAAUGGUCAACAGUUGAACACACCUUGACCUUUUUUUGUGCAAUAUCCUCUAUUUCCUUUGUCAAAAACGAAAUCAAUACGGGGCGGCGGGGUACGGAAAGUGCUAAUGAUACCACCUUGGCGGUUCAUCGAGUCCUUAGAACAGCUUAGAUGGCGUCAAGGAACGGCACGAAAAGCGUGAUAAUCUUUGCAUGCAUCAACAGGUCAAGGCAUAUGGGGCGGUGGAUGGCGAAGAAGCUCUUGCGGCAUUUUCGUCGCGUUUUGUGUUUGUACGAUCACGCUGAAGAAGAGAGUCGAUAUGCGUUUUGAAUUUUUUUGCGUUUUUUAGCGGUUUGGGAAUCGAGCUCUCGCUGGUUCUCAGACUUAUUUGCACUCUGGGAUUGGAGACGACAGGGUCUUCCGCAUCGAAUCGCCCGCGAUCAGAGUUUGGGAGAGUGUGAUUGGGCGCUCGAUGGGAGAUCCGAAAGGGGCGACCAAAACGAGCCAUCAAGAAACACACUACCUCACUCGCUGAGAGCGGCACUUGUUAUCCGCCGCGAUUCAUCGGAUAUGUUUUCAUCACGCAAAAGCGCAUGGAAACGACACGGCACGUGUUACUACAACUUCACAUGAAAGCGAUGAAGCUAUACUCGAGAGAUUCAUAGCUAGCUUUUCGACCACGAGACACAAGUUGUUGCUUUGUCUGGCCUAUCAAAUCAAAAUCUCACCAGAUUUGGAACCGAGUUCUCUUCUGUGUACCUUUGUGCUGGAAACAGCCUUGUUGACAACGUGCUUUGUGAAAGCAAGUACCUCUGGUGUACUUGCGUGUGCUUAUUCGUUGAACGGAGAACUUCCGAUGACUGCUAAUACGGUGACAUUAGGUGCCUUUUACGUUUAACUGUCAGUACUCGAGCCAGGCCUUUUGAUACGGAGCUGCUACCGCCGUGCUGACCAUGACCAAGCUGCGGACCUCAAUCUGACCUCAAUCAACCGUCCGAGACGGAGCCCGAGACGUUGAAGCCUGAUGCUACAGACACAAAAAACCGGUUAACUUCUUUGACAAGCGUUUGAC